UGCAUACCGUGUUCCCUUUGACACAGCCUCAUCUACAAGCAUGAUCAGUCUGACAUUAGAAGAGCAUAUUUCGUGAUUCACGAAUAUGAGCCAAAACAAAAUUGCCCUGAAGUAAAUGUCCAUAUCGUCAUGAAAGCUUCAUGGCUAGUGUUUGGAUCAGUGAUCGUCAACAUCAAGCGGCUUUCACAACAGUGUGUUUGCGUUUUGUGUUAGUGCUAGACUGCUACGGUUCUCUUUCACAUAUACUGUAUUUGACCGUGACCUUUUAUAUACUUAUAUAUACUAUACUUUAUACUAAUAUACUUUUUUAUAUUUGUUUUCGCAAGAUGUUGACAGACGCCUCACAGCAGGAGACCGUGGCCAGUGUAGACACUGUGGAGAGUGUCGAUACUGGGGAUCAGCCCUUGCCCUCCUCCACUUCUGACGCUGGGACACAAUGCUUUUUGAAGCCCCCCCGAUGGUCUCACGCUGUGCAGGUUAACCUGAAGCCCAAGAUGGUUAGCGUGGGCACACAGACUUCAAUCAGCCCACAAACCUCCACUCCCCUCGCUAGUCCUGAACAGACAGUUGACGACGACGAUGAUGAUAAUGCCACUGUCAUCAGUGACUUGUCGUGGGUGCCCGAAGAGCCGAUGGAUGAGGAGGAAUUGUUUGAUGAGGAGCCACCUUACACGUGUGACCCCCACCACAAUUGCAUUGACAAAUUCAUUGUUUGCCAAGAGGAGCUGAUGGGCCUUUUUGCCAUCUGUCCGGCCUGUUGUGAGAGGUCGGAUAGUAGCAUCGUGCAGCAGGAAGGAACUUUUGUUAAGAUCAAGCAGGUCUGUGCAUCAUGUGGCUACCACCGUUUCUGGCAAAACCAGCCAAUGCUCCACAGGAACAUGCCAACCUGCAACCUCCUGUUAAGUGGGGCCAUUCAUUUUACUGGAUGUUUGGCCACACAGACACUAAGAAUGUUGACCCUGUUUGGCCUGCAGUGCAUCAGUGCCAGCAGUUUCUUUCGCCAUCAGCGCCGCUACACCAUCCCUGUAAUCGUUCAGGCCUGGCAGAAUGAUCAAGCCAAGAAUUUUAGUGACCUACGGGCAAUGGAUGGCGGGCUAGUUCUUGCUGGUGACUGCAGGUCAGAUUCUCCUGGGCACUGCGCAAAGUAUGGGUCAUACUCUCUGAUAGAGGACAGAGUGAACAAGGUGGUGGAUGUUCAGCUUGUUCAGAGCUCAGAGGUCCCCAACAGCUCAUGGUGUGAGCUUGAAGGCCUCAAGCGCAGUGUUGGCCUGCUGAGGGGAAACGACCUGCAUUUGGCAACGCUGAUCAGGGACCGACAUCGCCAGGUUGCCAAAUGGGUGAGAGAGGAGCUGAUCCCUGAAGGGACACAGCAUUAUUUUGACGUGUGGCACAUUGCCAAAAGUCUGGGGAAGGCAUUGGAUGCAGCAUCCAAAGAGUGUGACCAACUACAGUUGUGGAGGCCAGCUAUAGUGAAUCACCUCUAUUGGACUGCAGCCUCAACCCCAGAUGGCAACCCAGCGGUCAUGGAGGCCAAAUGGAGAAGUUUAGUGAACCACAUCCAGGACAUCCAUGACCAUGACACCCCUGCCUUCUCCAGUUGUGCCCAUGGCCCUCUAGACAAAGAUCAGCGCAACAAAGAGUGGCUGGACCCAGGUACAGUACUGGUAUUAUGCACGCUAUACAUAGUUUUGUUUUAGUUGCUGUCUUUGAGUAAUUGUCUGGAUGCUUUGACAUGUGACCUUUGUGAUGAAAUUAUUUUUUCAUUCCCUGGCAAUCUCAUAACAUUCUGUUUACUGUUUAUGUUUGCUAUAAUUCAUAUGCAGGACAAUUU